AAAAUGGCGCCUGGUCGAAAACGUGAUCGAAGGAAAGGAAAAGAAGGGAAUGGCAGUUUUUCGCUCAAUGCAAAGUCUGCAGUCAUUAAAGGGAGUAGUGGUUCGAACACGAAGAAAGCAAAGGAUAAGGCUGUCCCCAAAGGAAAGUUGAAGGAUCAAACUACAAAAUGGAUAGAAGAUGUCAACAAAAGCUUUAAUGAGCUACAGCCCAAAUUAGCAGAAGAUCAUGCACUUGAAAAAAUAGCUGGUCAAAGAGAACCAAAAACAUGUCAAAAGAAGGAACAAAGAAUGCAAAGCCUGAAAUCCGACAUUACAGAUGAAGAAGUAUCUAACACAAUAACAAAUAUGGCAAAUCUUUUAGAACAGACUUGAUGAAACUGCUAUUCAGCAGUGAUACACCACAGGAAAUCUCAUAAUGUUCAUCCUUUCACACGUCACCAUGAAAUGUUUUCAAAAACAGGCAUACUUCCAGACCUUGGAGCAUUAAUAGACCUCUUCGGCUUGGGGUAAUGUUUUCCCAUUCCAGACCAUGUGUCAUUCCCUUGAGAAUAAGAUUCUUUGUUUGAGCUGUAUCCAUAUUCAUGUGUCUUCUCAUGUGCAACCGAGCGCAAACCUUAAACAAAGAAAUGAUACUCUAGGGAAUGRCAUGUGGCCUGAAAUGGGAAAACAUUAAGUCAGAGCYGAAGAGGUCUAUUCUACCAGGGGUGGUAAGGAGAUUUUGCAUCAAAUGUAAUUAAGAAUGACACAUGAAGACUGACAGUUAAACAUGAUUUUACACUAACAUUAUAGUAAAAUAUUCAACAUUUUAACAAUUUUCUGAGAUAAAAUAUGAAUAUUUUGAUCUGUU